AUGGCGCUCGCGUCUCUCCCCAAGGUGAUCCUCGGCUCGCUGGCCUUCGCGGUGUUCUGGAUGAUGGCGGUGUUCCCGUCCGUGCCGUUCCUGCCCAUCGGCCGCACCGCGGGGUCCCUACUUUCCGCCGUGCUCAUGAUCGUCUUCCACGUCAUCUCCCCGGACGACGCCUACGCCUCCAUCGACCUCCCCAUCCUCGGCCUCCUCUUCUCCACCAUGGUCGUCGGCGGCUACCUCAAGAACGCCGGCAUGUUCAAGCACCUCGGCACGCUCCUGGCCUGGAAGAGCCAGGGCGGCCGCGACCUGCUCUGCCGCGUCUGCGUCGUCACGGCGCUCGCCUCGGCGCUCUUCACCAAUGACACCUGCUGCGUCGUGCUCACCGAGUUCGUCCUCGAGCUCGCCGCCGAGCGCAACCUCCCCGCCAAGCCCUUCCUCCUGGCCCUCGCCUCCAGCGCCAACAUCGGGUCCAGCGCCACCCCCAUCGGCAACCCGCAGAACCUCGUCAUCGCCUUCAACAGCAAGAUCUCCUUCCCGAGGUUCCUGCUCGGCAUCCUGCCGGCCAUGCUCGCUGGAAUGGCCGUCAACAUGGUCAUGCUGCUCUGCAUGUACUGGAAGGACCUCGAGGGCGUCUCCCCCGACGCUGUCGACGCCGGCAAGCAGAUGCACGCCGUCGAGGAAGGCCGGUCACCCUCAAUCGCGUCCCUCAAGAGCCCGCUCAAGAGCCCGCACACUCUCAACCCUCUCAACGGCAGCGCCAUCAACGACGAUGGUGAGUCGAUGAUGGAGGAGAACCUCUCGACGAAGCACCCGUGGUUCAUGCAGUGCACGGAGCACCACCGGAAGCUCUUCCUCAAGAGCUUCGCCUACAUCGUCACCGUCGGCAUGGUGGUGGCCUACAUGGUCGGGCUCAACAUGUCGUGGACGGCCAUCACCACGGCCAUCGCGCUCGUCGUCGUCGACUUCCGGGACGCCGAGCCGUGCCUCGUCAAGGUAUCCUACUCCCUGCUCGUCUUCUUCUCCGGGAUGUUCAUCACGGUCAGCGGGUUCAACAAGACCGGCCUGCCCAGCGCCAUCUGGAACUUCAUGGCGCCCUACUCCAAGGUCAACAGCGCCGGCGGCAUCUCCGUCCUCUCCAUCAUCAUCCUUCUCCUCUCCAACCUCGCCUCCAACGUACCAACAGUGCUUCUGAUGGGGAACGAGGUGGCUACCGCAGCGGCGUUGAUCUCCCCGGCAGCAGUGACUCGGUCAUGGCUACUGCUGGCGUGGGUGAGCACUGUGGCGGGGAACCUGUCGCUGCUAGGGUCGGCGGCGAACCUGAUCGUGUGCGAGCAGGCGCGUCGUGCCCCACGCAACGCCUACGAGCUCACUUUCUGGAACCACCUCAUCUUCGGCGUCCCCUCCACCCUCAUCGUCACCGCCGUAGGCAUCCCCCUCAUCGGAAAGAUGUAG